GUAUACAACCAUUUCAAUGAAUGCACUGAUUUGUAGGGGUGAGUGAGAUUCCGAACAUUGAGCCUGGCCUGACAUAAUGACUACACAGGUGCAAUUUUACAUACUACACAUACAAUGGGACAACUGUGGUUGUCACCGCCAUGUUGGGCGGUGAGUUACCCAGCUGCAAUACCUCGGUGAUAUUGACUUGACUGAAACAUGACGCAAGUCAUCAUGAUUGCCCGGUUGCAUGCCAUGUAUCAGGGAUCUAGAUUGAUGCUUCUCUUCCUUGUUAUUAUCUUCCUGGCUGUAAACAUCACCUGCUGGGUGAUGCUGGCAAUAGGACUCAAGGAUAGUGUAGCGGAGGAGCUGAUACUCUCUGGUAUAUGUAUGUGUAAUUAUGCAUAUGAUGGUAACAGCUGGCUUCUGUUUACAAUGAUUCGGACGCUCUACACUGUUUGGGAAGUCCUCGUACUGUGUCUUUCAGCCUGGGUUGCUGUGAAACACUUCCGUGACCUGCGAAGACUCAGCCAAUCGACAGGAACGAACAUUGAAGACUGUUUCAAAGUGGUGAUAGAAUCUCAUGUGCUUUAUUUUGCAAGCUUUGUUUGUGUCUCUUGCCUCCAGCUUGCUUCUCUAUCCCCAAAGAUAUCUACUUCAUAUGCUACCGGAGUUGUGACACUCCAAGGUGCUCUUGAAAUUUUAACGAGCGUGCAGAUGUUUGUGCUGGGACCAUGCCUUAUCCUCAGCGUUCGAGAAUAUCACGCUAAACUCGUGGCCAACUCUGAUGCAGAAACUAGCAUGAAUUCGAUUGUCUUCCAGGAGCAUGUACAUGUAACGACUAGCAGUACUGUGUAGGGACAUACAUGGCGAGUGGUCUGCAGGGAGGAGAAAUUUAGUCGAGGAUUCGUCGUAGUAUUUAUUUAACAUAUGGUGUUUCCAAGCAUAUUGAAAUUAAGGUUUAUGCAUACCAAUCCAUU